UCUCCCCAGAGACGCACCUGAACCUGAAAAUCACAUCCAGCUGCUCUGUCUGUCAGAGCUUCCAACCACCAAGAGGAAACCACGAAACCUCUGAAGCUUUUUUCAUUUUCAACUGAAAGAGAAGAACGUCAGAGAAAAGAUGCUCAUAUUUUAAGGAAAGGGGGACAAAGUAAACAUCUUGAAUGAUUUAAAAAAAAAAAAUUCUCAAGUCAGAAGCAGGAAAUUUGGAUGACAGGUGGGCGUUUGAGGAAAGUUGUAAAAAUCAAAACAACCUCUUCAACAAUCCAAUAUCUUCAAGAGAAUCUAGAAUAAAUACAAAAAGAGAAUAACAGGUGGACGGACUAACCCUUCAUGGUUUUACAGACAAGAGUGAAUGUUCUGGACGUUUGAAGUAAAAUGAGACAAAGAUGAGACAACCUCUGUAACAACUUUUUAUUUAGGAUUUUAAAGUCUGGGAAGAAAAAUAAGCUCAAGGAAUUUUAAAAAGGAUGUGCGAAGGAAAAAUCAAUGGACGACUUCUCCAAAGAGAAUUUACGACUGAACAACAACUCCAACAUUAAAGCAACUGUGGAUCUUCUUCGCAUUUCGAGAUCAUUUUAAAAGCAGAAUAGUAAAAGAUUUUUUCUUAACCCUUGGAGAUUCGGGUGAUCUCUGGGAUAAUUGGUCUGGACUGUUUUGAAGAGUCCAGGGAGACUCGCAACGAAAACCAGAAGGACGACUUGUAGAAGACGUCCCAGAGGUUUUGUACUGGAAGAGGAAAAAUGUCUGGAGAAACCUGAGGCUCUUCCUUCAGAGCUGAUCUGAGACCUCGGCAGACAGGAUUGACCUCUGACCUCAGGUUUGAUUUGACAUUUUUCAUUCAAUUUUCAGAUCCAGGAAACACAAAUAAAUUGUCAUGAUAAAACAAAAUAAAUUCUAAAUCAAAGGCAGAGGUUUGGACCCUAAAUGGACAGAAAGACGUCCCCUCGUUUCCUGUCAUCUACAGCUCAAUGAUUGGUCAGUUAAUCGAUUAUUCGAGUGACAGACGUUUUGUCAGCGACUUUGUCAUUAAUUGAUAAAUUGUUUAUCAUUUUCUUGAAAAAAUGCCAGAAAAUCUGAUGCCAGCUUCUCAGAUGUGAUGAUCGGUUAAGUUUCUUUGUCAUAGAAAUAAAAUUUCUUAAAUUGAAUUUAAAAAUAAAAUAAUAAAAUGUUUUCCAGUCACAUAUUUACAACAUAGCUGACAUAUUCAGUUUUCAUGGUGCAACCUGAUUUGGUAACUUGUUUGAAACUAGCUAUCAGUUACUGGGAACUUCAGAAACUUUAGAGCAGGAUUUAUAAAGAGCUAGUGUUUGUGGUCAUCAAAUCAAGAUCUGAGCUGCUGUAUCAGACAACAACUGAGAUCUGAUCUUUUUUGUUUUUUAACGCAGACGUUUGAAUAACUACUGCAGAGAAGGGGAAGAAGACAGUCGAAGGUAUCUGAUGCAGGUCGUCUUUACUCGUCUGUCCGUUGACUUGAACCUCAGGCGGUAGGUCAUGAGGAAGACUUGUGAGGAGGAAGCAAAUCCCCACUGUUGACGGAAAAAAGGCGAGAUGUUGGCGUGUUGCUCCCUGCUGCUCACCUGGCUGCUGAUCGCCACCAGAGUCCAGAGCCACAACUGGAGACCCUGCACAGACCUGCUGCCUCUUGACCUGCUGGCCAGAGCUCUGCCACGCCCAGGACAAGCUCCACCCACACAGGUGCAGAUGGUUCAGUCCAGAGGGUCCAGAGGUCUUCGAUUGGCUGGUGCUGUGACGAGAGGACUGAGUUUUCCCGCCUCACAAAUCUUCACCAACUGUGACUACUUUCCUGCUGAGUUUUCAUUGGUUGCCACCAUCAAGAUACCGAGACUGAGACAGAAGAGGAAUGAGUACAUCUUCUCUGUGGUGGAGGAGAGAUCUGAUUCGCUGUUGCUGGGGUUACGUGUCUCAGAGAAUAGCCUCCACUUUUUGAGCACGCCCCCUGGUGGGCGAGGCAGGUUGAGCUUCAAGGACGUGGGGUUGGACGAUAACCGCUGGCACACCGUGGUGCUGGCCAUCAGCGGACAGUAUGCCACACUGACCGUCGACUGUGGACUUCCUCUGGAGCUUCAACAGGUCCAGUCCUUCCCCAGUGCUCUGAGCACCAGAGGGUCCAGGUUCUUCAUUGGCAGCAGGAGAAGGUGGAGAGGACGUUUCUCUGGUUUACUGCGUCAACUGGUUCUACUUCCUGGCUCUGAUGCCACACCAAGACUGUGUCCAACCUGUGACCCCAGUCUGGCCGAGCUGUCCGUCCCCCCGGUUCUCAAGUCCACCCCUUUCCAGCCAGACCACCAAGGACCAGUUUACCCGUACGAGGCCGAGGCCAGAGUGACUCUGGGAAAUCCUCCUCCGUGUUCGAUGCUAGAACAAGGCCAACUGUGGUUCGACGCUGAGAGGAAAGGUCUGUUCAUCUGUGACAGACUCACAUGGAGGACGCUGCUGCAGACUGAGCAGCGCCUGGAUUACGUAGACGACUACCAGGAUCUCUACACCAGCUCAGAAACCUUUGACGUCGAGCUCUUCUCCAUCCCGUCUGAAGGCCUGUUCAUGGCUGCAGCUAACAGGGACUCUCUGUCCGGGUCAGGAGUCUACAAGUGGAGAAACGGGUCGUUUCAGCUCUUCCAGAACAUCAGCACUCAGGAGGCUCGAGCCUGGAAGCACUUCACUGUGGACGACAAGAUUUUCUUGGUGGUGGCAAACUCCAGGGAGGCGGAGCCUGAGCUGUCCGUCAUCUAUCGCUGGAAUCGGCGACGGCGGCGUUUCCUCCGUUAUCAGACUCUGGAGACUCACGGCGCUCUGGACUGGGAGGCCUUCCAAAUACACAACCACAGCUUCCUGGUCGUGGCCAAUCACAGACGAGCCAGAGACUCUAACCACAACAUCCACAGUGUGAUCUACAGGUGGAACCCAGACACAAAGCUGUUUGAGGUGAACCAGACUCUGUCCACGUCCGGAGCGUACGACUGGGAGUUCUUCACCGUCGGACCAUACCACUUCUUGGCGGUCGCCAACACCUUUGACGGUCAGAGCACGACCAUCAGCUCCACUGUCUACGUGUGGUUGGACGGCGGCUUCCAGACCUUCCAGGACAUCCUGACGGUGGGAGCCACCGACUGGGAGACGUUUCAGAUCGACGGCAGGUUCUUCCUUGCCGUCGCCAACAGUCAGAAGGUUUCUGACGGCGGCCUCAGUCCGUACAGCAUCAACUCCACUGUGUACGAGCUCAGUGCACUGACGCAAACCUUCAUCCGCUUCCAGGACAUCCUCACUCACAGUGCGGUGGACUGGGAGUUCUUCACCAUCGGAGAUGAGAAGUUCCUGGUUGUGGCCAACUCUUACGACGGCAGCUCGUAUUCUCUGAACAGUGUCGUCUACAGUCUGCCCACGUUCGGCUGCAGAGACUGGGAGCACUUCAGCACUGACGAAGGCUCCUUCCUCAUCUACUCCAGCGCCACCACCAGGCUCAGCAAGGUCUUCAAACUCAAGACCUACUGAGUUUAAGACCCUGUGAGGGGCUUCAACUUCACAACCUUCUGACCUUUGACCCUAAACACCAGCUGCAGGACUCGUCAUCAAAGCCCCCAAAGACCUUGUUGGACCCGCCAUAGACGCUGUGAUCCAGGUUCAUACGUUGUAUCAUCACAAUCAUUUCAGCUAAAGAGCAUCAGACUGGUUCAAGGUUCAGCUACAGAUUAGCUCAUUAGCUACGAUCAGACAACAGCUAGCAUUAGCAUUCAAACACUCCCUAGCUAACAUGUCUGGAGGUUUAUUGUGGAUGAUGUCAGAGAUGAUGAUGUCACAAGGAGUUGUAACAGCAUGUGUCAGGUCAGACUCAGUCGGACUUCGCCUCCCAAACCCCAACCUUGAUUUAUAAACGUUUCUUUGUCAGACUUUAUGUUGUGCUUCAUGUCACGUCAGUGACGACAGCGUCCAGAGAUAAACAUCAGGAAGGUGAUGUCAUUGCACAGCCAGUGACAUCAUCAAAAACAUCAGCUCAGGUCAAACCCUGAAUCUGACUCUGGUUCAGACUCUGAACACCAGGUGGAGACGGUGGGUUCAGCCCUGCAGUGAGUCGCAGUCAUCAGCUGAAGGUCGCUGAGGACGUGUUACUCAACAGAAACCAGGGGCGGCCCUCACGGGACCUAGGCCCUUACGGGGGCCCGGCCUUUACGGACAACCUUGGCAGCACGAUACUGUUGAUAUCUCUCAGCUUCUUUAAAUCUUACACAUUUUAAAUUGUAUUAGCUGCAGCUGUGUAUCAGUACCUCAUAAUUAUUAUGAUAUUGUUUUUUGAUUAUCACAAUUGACAAAAUUUAAUAUAUGAACUAAACUCAAACUUUCUUGUGGGAUGUUGGAGGAGCUCUUGAGCACAAUCCAGUGGCUCGUCUUCCUCCUGAUCACUAAACUGCAAAACUUUCUUUACUUUGACUUCACUCGGACAUUGUGACUCAUCCUCAGACAUUUCAAAAUAAGAGCAGAUGAAAAACAUGAAUAAAGUUGUAAAUUGCUGAGAAAGAAAACUUGUUGAAACUUUAUUCAGUUGUAGUGAUGUUGUGAAUCUCAUUAAAUAUUGAAUCGUGUUUUUAUGUAAAUUUGAUGGUUUAUUUUAAAGGGAUGAAAUUCGAUUACCUCCGACAAAGUGUUUUUACCGUCAGUUUGUUUGUUGUUUGUUUUUUUGUUUGUCAGCAGGAUGAAAAAGUCCUGAACAGAUUUCCAGUGAACUUGGUAAAUGGUGGAACAUGGAUCAAGAAAGGAUCUGGACCUGAAUCUGGGUCUGGAUCUGGAUCUGGAUCUGGAUCUGAAUCUGGAUCGGGAUCUGGAUCUGACUCUGGAUCUGGAUCUGGAUCCACUCAUCCCGGAUUUUAAUGUCUGGUUCUUCUCGUUUGACCAGUCAAACAUUUCGUUUUUCAAAUGUUAUUAAAAGUAAUUAAACUUUUUUUAUCAUUUCCUUAAAAAUGUAUAGUUUGAAAUGUAUAUAUUUGUUUUUUGUUCUUCA